AUGUUCCGUCAAACCGCUCUUCUCGCCCUUGCUCUCCUCCCCUUCUCCCUUGGUCAAGUGUCCGAGGGCUUCGAAAGCGGGUGGGACCAGACCGCAUGGCCCACCUACGCGGCCGACUGCAAUCAGGGGGGUAAAGUCACCCUUGACAGCUCCACCGCUUAUAGCGGCAAGAAUUCUAUGAGGGUUGAUGGUGCGGGUGGCUACUGUGGACAUAUUUUCUUUGGCACAACGAAAGUCCCCAGCGGUGACGUUUACGUCAGGGCUUACGUCAAAGCCUCCAAGGCCUUCACCGACUCUCAUGUCUCCUUCAUCACCAUGCCCGACUCCGCCCAGGGCGCUAAGAAGCAUCUCCGCAUUGGCGGCCAAAGCAAGAUCAUGAUGUACAACCGCGAGUCCGACGAUGCCACCCUUCCCGACCUCUCCCCGCAAGGUAUUGCCGCUUCCACCGCCCUUCCCACUGGCUCCUGGCAAUGUUUCGAAUACCACUUGGGAACCGAUGGCACCAUUGAGACUUGGUUGAAUGGCAACGCUGUGGCGGGUCUUACCGUCAAGGCUGGUGUCACCAAUAAAAACGCCGCCCAGUGGCAGAGGAGCACCUACAAACCCAAAAUCACCGGUAUUUACUUCGGUUGGGAGUCGUACGGCGGCGACGCGAAUACCUUCUGGUACGACGACAUUGUCGUCAGCUCGAGCCGUGUUGGAUGCGCUGGCGGAUCUCCUGCUCAUUAG